GCUGCACAAACAAACCAAAAGCACCCGUCAGACUGGUAGUUUGGGUAUGGAUGGGGGGGUGGAGUAGGAGGAGAGAGGAUCAGAGAGGAAAGAUGGCCUUUUAAAAGCAGAUUAAAACCAGUUCCUCAUCUCACACUGCAGGAAAUCACACACACAAGCACACUCUGUGUUUUGGACUAUGGCCUCCACCACAUCGGGUGACGUUCUGCCUUCGGGCGGCCGGAUUUUCACCACCGUUCCAGACGUCUUCUUCAUCCCUGAGUUUGUGUUUGGAGGUUUGGUGUGGAUCCUGGUGGCUUCCAGUCGGGUGAUUCCUGAAAACCCUCUGGGCUGGGUGAUGUUCGUCUCCAUCUUCUGCUUCGUGGGGACGACGCUCUGGUUCUUCAUCUUCCUCUGCGGAGCCAAUCAGAGCAGCAUCUGGCCGUCCCUGGAUGUUGGCUUCCAUUUCCUGGCGGUGGUUUUCUUCCUCAGUGCAUCGGUGGAUCUGGCCUACAUCACGUAUUUAAAGGGUUUAUUCUCACCUACUGGUGAAUUUCUCAAACUCUACCGACUGGACAUCUCUGCAGUGGUCAUGUCCUACGUCGCCACUCUUCUCUACUUCCUUCACACCAUUUUCUCUGCCAUUCGAUGGAAGAACUCCUAAAAACAAGAAGAAGAAGAAGAUUGUCAAGAGAAGGAACCACAGAACCAGAUAACCUGAAGCUGGGUUAACCACUGAACACCUUUUUAUUAGCUUUUCAUUCUCAUGUCAGCAGCAAUAACUUGUUUUCUGAACCAAACAUUAAAUGAAUGAACGACUGAUUCUGUUAUUGACACAAACCUAAAGGUUGUGAGGAGGCCGAUGAGUGUAAAUCAGAAAUUAAACCAUUAAUCUAAUUAGCCUGGGAUAAUAUUUGAAGAUUAAAUUAAAUUUUGGAUUUUGUCACCAACUAAAGAAGAUCUUAAAGGGCCA